ACGACGACGCCGGAAAGCGCCAUUUUGUUUUAGAACGGGACCAGGAAAGAGCCAAGAAAUAUCGCCUGAGGUUUGCCAAGAUGGGGAAUUUUGGGAGUCUAUUUACUAGAUUGUUUGGCAGGAAGGAAAUGAGAAUUCUGAUGGUAGGAUUAGAUGCUGCUGGAAAGACCACCAUCCUUUACAAGCUCAAACUGGGAGAAAUCGUGACCACAAUCCCGACAAUUGGCUUUAAUGUUGAGACUGUAGAAUAUAAGAAUAUCAGUUUCACAGUGUGGGAUGUGGGCGGUCAGGACAAGAUCAGGCCCCUGUGGAGGCACUACUUCCAAAACACACAAGGCCUUAUUUUUGUAGUGGACAGUAAUGACAGGGAGCGAAUUGGUGAGUCAAGGGAGGAGCUGAUGCGAAUGCUGGCUGAAGAUGAGCUGAGGGAUGCUGUGCUGCUUGUGUUUGCCAACAAACAGGACCUUCCAAAUGCCAUGAAUGCCGCUGAGAUCACUGAUAAACUGGGCCUGCACUCCCUGCGCCAGCGCCAUUGGUAUAUCCAGGCCACAUGUGCCACCAGCGGAGACGGUCUCUACGAGGGUCUUGAAUGGCUUUCAGGCCAGUUAAAGAACGCAAAGUGAUGGAUCAGUCUGCUUCCUGUCUGUGUCAUGUGCCUGGUCUACGCAGCAUGAUGGGAGACUACACUGGUCCUGAUCUCAUUCCUCCUUCUUCCUCCUCCUCUCUUCUUUCCUUCUUUAAGUGUCGGACUUUUGGCCAGUGCUCUCCUGCAACUGUGUACUGUAUGGAUGAGACAUUUUGUAUGAAUGAAUGUGUAUGUAUGUAUGUAUGUGAGUGGGAGCAUCCCUGCUGUGCCUUGAACAAAGUUAACUCGCAAACACCCGUCCCUCUUCCCAACGUCGUCAACAAAAUCCAUAAGCACUGGUUCCCGCAAAGCAAAGUUUGGCACAUGAUGUGUUAAUGAGCAAUGAAUGUCUAAAAAAAAAAAAAGGAAAAAAAAAACAGAAGAAAACAGGGUGACGUUAUGCAGUUUUUCCAUCUGCUACUUUUGUCAAAGCAUUUAGUUUUUGGAUGCACUCAGCAUGAAAGAUGCAAAGUAUAUUUCAGUGUAAAAUGUGUGUAUGUACGUAUGUUCACACCCCGGAUUAAAAUGUUGGGUUUUUUUGCCAGAUUUUUGUUUAUUAUUGCAGGCAGUGAAAACUCUUCAGCAACAACUAGAAAGAUGCUGAAGAUUAAGUUGAGUUUCUCCAAUACUGUACUGUUUGAUGGUUUAAUUCCUCCAGAUCUGAUCGUGAUAUUUUUUUUUAGCCUUGUUUGUACACACAGCACAUAAAAAAGGCAAUAAAUGCUUAAGUGCAUGUUUACAUAUGUGGAGGCGUGUUGUGUACUGGUUGUGAGUGUGUUGUUAGGGUUUACUUAUUUGUUACACCCACCACACACUUAACGAUUGCGCCUUUUUUUAUAGUUGCUCCCACUCUUUGUUUUUAUUUCUUAGUCAGAUUUUCUCGCAUCUGUUUCUUUGGGUUUAGGAUUGUUUUGUUUUUUUUCCACUGAGGUUUUUUUUUUUUGUAUUUUUUCCCUUUUGUUACUGUUGAUGCAUGCAUGACCUGGUUUACUUAAUCAUGAGCUGACGUGCCAGGUUUGAAGUCUUUUGACUGAAAUGCUCUUGGGACCAAUCGGUCAGCGUCAGAAAGGCCUCAUCGUGUUGUUUUGGUUUUGGACUCACCUGAUGACUGAAGCCUCCAUUGUUUUCCAGAGGACACACACACACACACACUCUGGACAUGCAAUUUGUAAGCGCUGUGAUGGGUGAAUUGAAGGUCUCGGCUUCACCACUGUUAACACCUCAGUGUUUCAGGUUCCAUGGUGUUUUCCUCCCUUGCUUUUCCUUCUAAUCAUAUCCCUCUAAUAAUUCCAUUUGCACAACCCAACCAGCUUGCACAAUACAGGUCUAUGUAAAGCCUUUGGAAUGACUCCUUACACAACAAACUCCUCCAUUGCUGUACAACAAUGGACCAUUCAGAGAUGUUGAACCAGUUCAUCUAGACACAGAGCUUCCCUCACAAUAUCCCAAAGGCUCGUCCAAAUGAGAACCAGUCCUGAACUGUGCGUGUCCCUGACUGAAUGACGACGACUGUAAUGGCAUAUCACACUGACCUCCAAAGGGAAAUGAGGGUGUCCCGUCCCAUCCCGCCCUUCCCCCCCAUCUACUUUUCUAUAACUGGACGUUUAAUUGUUUUUUUUUUCCUUAUGUAAUCUUCAGGUCUAGAACAUUUGGGAAUGGAAUACUUUGGGGUUUCUUUGUCUUUACUUUUAACAUCCAUACAGUUUAUAGGGUACAUGACAUAAUCUGAUACACAACAAGAAGUACAAAUGUAUAGAAAACAAUGUAAAAUGUGUUUUAAAUUAACAUGAUACAUCUUUCCUCAUUCAGAUGUGAAGCUUUAAGUUUUUCAGGAUGGUUUCUGUUCAAAUGACAAUUGUUCAUAUGUAUUUCUUAACUACCUUUAUGCUUUUUAAAAACUCAUCUUGUAACAUCUGAUAAAUGCACUAUAAUAAAGAGAUAUCUAUUUAA